AUGGCGCGUGUCUAUGCCGAUGUCAACGAGCACAUGCCUCGGUCCUACUGGGACUAUGACAGUGUCAACAUCUCCUGGGGCGUGCUCGAGAAUUAUGAGAUUGUCCGCAAGAUAGGACGGGGAAAGUACUCGGAAGUGUUCGAAGGCAUCAACGUCGUCAAUUACCAGAAAUGUGUCAUCAAGGUUCUCAAGCCCGUCAAGAAAAAGAAGAUCAAGCGAGAAAUCAAGAUCCUCCAGAACCUUGCUGGAGGCCCCAACGUAGUGGCCUUGCUGGACGUCGUUCGCGACAACCAAAGCAAGACCCCGAGUCUUGUCUUUGAAGCUGUCAACAACACCGACUUCCGAACCCUGUACCCCCGCUUCUCGGAUUACGACGUUCGCUUCUAUGUCUACGAGUUGCUGAAGGCGCUGGACUUCUGUCACAGCAAGGGAAUUAUGCACCGAGAUGUCAAGCCUCACAAUGUGAUGAUCGAUCACGAGAAGAAAAAGUUGCGAUUGAUUGACUGGGGUCUGGCGGAGUUUUACCACAAGGGAACCGAGUACAAUGUCCGGGUUGCGUCUCGGUAUUUCAAGGGCCCCGAGCUGCUCGUGGACUUCCAGGAAUACGACUAUUCCCUGGACAUGUGGUCCUUGGGUGCGAUGUUCGCGUCGAUGAUCUUCCGCAAGGAACCCUUCUUCCACGGGAACAGCAACUCGGACCAGUUGGUGAAGAUCGCCAAGGUGCUUGGAACCGAGGAGCUUUUUGAGUACCUGGACAAGUACGACAUUGAAUUGGACCCGCAAUACGACGAGAUCCUCUCUCGCUUCCCCCGCAAACCGUGGCACUCGUUUGUCACAGCGGAAAAUCAGCGCUUUGUCAGCGACGAGGCUAUUGAUUUUCUUGACAAGCUGCUUCGAUACGACCAUGCGGAACGUUUGACGGCCCAAGAGGCCAUGGCACACCGGUACUUUGACCCGGUGCGCGCCGAGGCAGACGCCCUGGGCAACGCGUCUCAUUCUUGA